AUGACCACACCGCCAGCACCAGGCAAGGAGCCUCCCAUGGUCUCCAACGCAGCGUUCGUGGACGACACAAACUUCUUCGCCCCUUCAAACCCCAACUUGGAACGGAUCACCGAUGUGUCGAGCGAGUUCUUUAGGAUACGCAGGAUCGAGAUCAACGGGAAGAAGACAGAGUUACUGGCAAUCAACCCAACACACAAUGGCACGAUUACCUACGGAGGAAGUCAAAUCAAGCCACAGGACAAAAGCAAGGCAUCAAGAAUCCUGGAGGUGUGA